AUGGCGACCAUCAUACCGAUUGAGGUCAUCGAGCAUAUUCGGAACCGCAAAUCGUACGACACCAUUAGGAUUCGUGGAUCCCGGGAGGCGUCCUUCCGAUCGCUCUUUGAGCACACCACGGAGCUCGUACUCGUGAACGAUCCCGAGUCUCAGUACACGCACGAAACUCCCCUCACAAUCGGUGGCCUAUUCCCCGCGCUUCGCCCAUCACCUUCAUCCACAGCCUCCGUACCGAUCGUCUUUGCCUCCGUUGAGAAGCUCGUUUUACGGUGCUGCGAUUUCCGGACGUUCACCGACCUUCAACACACGAUCACAGCAUUUCCUCGGCUUCGCGAUCUUCGUCUGCAUUUCCCUCUGUGCUCUCUUCGGCACAAGGAGCUCCCCAACGCAGAGCAGGCUCUCCGGAGAAAUAAAUUGCUGAGGUUGAAUCGGCUCCAUCUCGUCGAUUUCACCGGUACGCGCAGAGACGUCGCUCUGCUGCUCCUGCUGCUGGAUUGGAUCGCAUACACACCCGCUCGUCAUACGGCCGCUCUCACCUGGGUUCCCGACCUCUUGGGCGAUGAACGCGUUGCGAAAGCCUUGCAGACGCUACUUUGUCAAUUGGGGCCUUCCCUCAUAGAGCUGGAGCUACCGGGUCCACGUCGUCGUCAUGCGCCGGUUGCUGGAAGUGUGUCAUAUUUCCGUAUGCUGAUCGCGUCUUCUACUUCAAUUCCUGUCUGUCAGCAUUAUAUGGGAUCCCGAGGAUGA